AUGCAUUCCAUUUAUCCAAGGUUUCGAGGCUUGGCCGCCGAACAUCCACGCCGGAUAAAUACGUUCAUCUCAAACGCAUGCCGUGGCGCACGGCCCAUGGCUCCCUCGACUCUACCAAUCGCACGCUGCAUGCGUCUUACCCGCAUCCUUACAGCCGAGGCCAAGAGGCGUGGCCUCGACGCGGUGGAUACCCGGAGCGGGCGCCGUGCCACGAAGCUUAGUGACCGAUGA